AUGCAAGGAGCAGCAUAUGGCAGCAUGUUGGACUCUGGUUUCGUGUCGUUCAAACUUAACUAUUCAGAGACGAAGGACAUUGCCAUCGGCGCCGUCGUCCACUCCGAUGCCAUCUCCGUCGGUGGACACUCAUGGAGGGUUAACUGCUACCCGCGUGGCUACAGUGAGGCCGACAAGGGCGAGUACAUCACAAUCUUUCUCGAGCUCAUGACAGGGGCGGGCCUAGCUCAAGCCCGCCGCUGGCUCAUGAGCAAGUCCAAAGGCGUCAAGGCCAUCUUCGAGGCCUUCUUGAUGGACAAGGACGGUGCACCGGCCUCGUCCAACGCAAGCAGAUGCGUCAAGGUUUACCCACCCGAGGGCCACAUCUCGUGGGGGUGGUUUCGUUUCGUUACGCGAAGGGAACUCGAGGCUCGGCACGUGGUGAAUGGCUGGGCCACGAUUGUGUUCGGGAUCAUAGUUGUGCGUGAUGACCCCCUAGCCAUUCCGCCCUCUGACAUCGGGGAUCAUCUCGGCCGACUGCUGGACUGCCAAGACGGUUCCGACGUUUCCUUCAACGUCGACGGCAGGAAGUUCGCUGCUCACCGGGCCGUGCUGGCCGCCCGCUCGCCGGUCUUCAAGGCAGAGCUCUUCGGCGCCAUGGCGGAGGCGACCAUGUCCCAGAUCACACUGGAGGACAUCAAUCCUGCUGCUUUCGAGGUUCUCCUCCGGUUCAUGUACACUGACGUGUUGCCUCCAGACGGCGAGCUCGCCGGCUCCCCUGUCGAGAUGUACCGACAUCUCCUCGCCGCGGCCGACCGGUACGCCAUGGAUAGGCUGAAGCUGAUGUGCGCCGAUAAGCUGUGGGAGAACGUGUCCGUAGAUACGGUUGCUGCUACUUUAAACUGUGCCGAAACAUACAACUGCCGGGAGCUCAAGGACAAAUGUAUGGCAUUCUUUGUGGAGGAGCAAAAUUUCAAAAAGGUCGUUUUAACCCAGGGCUAUGUGCAACUGGUUCAGAAGUUUCCAUCCAUUAUGGCCGAGCUGAGGGAGAAGGUGGGGGCGUAG